UUAGAUAACAUUACUAAGGAUGGUAAGCAUUUACCUAUCGACUAUAAAAGAAAUAUGCCAUUAUGCAGUUUGGAAAAAAUAAUUUCUAUAGGUACAUGUGUUAUCCAAUUUGGAUAUGUGGCGUGUCGGUCUACGGCAGAUAGUGCCACUAAGGAUGCCUUACCAGAAAACUUCGUCACGACAAACAUAGUUGCAUUAUCAGUGGUUUCGUUAUGUUGUGUGAUAGCAAUCGUUUCUCUUCUUCUUUCAUGUGGCAUUUGUGAUAUUUCAAAUGGCGAAGUCAGUGGUGAACUGUCCGGGCCAAAUGUGCAAAAAACAAAACCUGCCAUAUAUUACAGUUCUACGCCAUCUUACGAUACAUCUUGUGAUAUAUCACCAAACAAAGCUAUGCCAUACAACUUAGAUCCUAAAACGUGCGACAAUUUAUCAAGCAGCCAGAGAUCACAUGCCCAAGUCGCUGUUAACACCAAUCAUAUGGACAACGCGAGCGAUUUUGAAGGAACCAUUCACAGUCAUACGGAUAACAUGUGAAUUCAUUUUUUUAACCACUAGAGAUGAUUAACUUGAGAAUUUUGAAAUAAGCAGUAUCUUGCCAUUGUUUCAAAACAGUAUUGUAAACGUUUAGAUUAAUUUGAAAGACAUUCUGAUUGAAAUUCUGAUCAAUAUUAACUCGCUUGCUCGCCUGAUCGUAAAGCAGAAAAUCAUAUUUUAAUUAGAAUGUAGAACAUAUUCAUUCGUUUGGGGAAAUAUGAAGGGCAUUUUAACACAAAUUAAAUCUUUUUAUAGCUUAUUAUACAGUAUGGGUUUUGCUAAUUGUUGAAAGCCAUCAGGUCCUCUGUACAUUAUUGUUAACUCCUAAUAGUCCUAUGUCUUUUGGUCUCUGGUUUUUAUAUUUUACGUUAUUUUCAUGUUUCCGACCAAUUUAAAACGAAAACAAAACUUGGACAGAUAUGCAAACACAGCAUGUAAGCUGG